GUGUUUCAGCUGAGAUCAGAGACGGUCCAUGCAGCGCUACCGUCAUUAUGGCUCCUCUUACCCUCCUUCCCCCUCCUCCGCUCCCGUAGAGGAGAUCCACGCCGAAGAGGAGGAGGAGGAGGAGGAGGAGGAGGUGUUCACUGAAGAGGAGGUCUAUGAGGAGGAGGCGGAGCCUCUGAUACAGGAUGAGGCGGAGCCUGCGGUGCAGGAGACAGGAGGUGUUACUGAGGAGGAGGUCGCAAAGACGAAGGAGGAAGUGCAGCCUGACGUCCAGGAGACAGAGGGGAAGACGACGCCGGUGGAAAGCAAGAAUGGAAAGAGGACGGAGAGAGCAGCAGCAGGAGGAGGAGGUGGAGACGCGGCAGCAGCGGCAGGAGGCUCCAAGUACUCCAUGUUCACCUGGUUCGUGGUCCUGGCUCUGCUGGGAGUCUGGAGCUCCGUGGCCGUGGUCUACUUCGAUAUCGUGGACUACGACAGCGUCAUCGCCAGAGCUAAGGAGUUCCGCAUGAACUUUUCUGAAGUUUUACAAGGGAAACUGACAGCCUACGACACAGACGGAGACGGAGACUUUGACGUGGAAGAUGCUAAAGUUCUGCUCGGGCUGAAGCAGGCGGAGAGACCACAUGUGGGACACUCACCUGAGGAGAAAACAGUUUCAGAGAGCGGCCCCGCGCCCGUCCACCACGGUGGUGGUGGUGAUGAUGAUGAAGAUGAUGAAGUCUCUAGAUCUCAGGAUGUGGAGUCUGAUAUCCAAGCUGCUGUCCCUCUCCCUCCGUUGGUGGAAGAUGACUUUGUGCCGGACGAUCCUCGAGACAGUCCACAUCGUUACGAGGAUCAAACUGAAACCAUUGACACAACUGGAGUUCUGGUGGAGGAGCGGCUGCCAGAGGAAAGCGGAGAGUCGGGACGAGACUUGACAAGCUCCAAAUUCACACAGGAAGCAGAGCCAGAUGUGGGAGCAGAAAACCAGUCUGAAGCACCAGUGGAACCAGAACCACAGAGUGGAACAGCCAGAGAGACAGAGGAAUCAGAGAAACAGACUGAAGAGAAGACCAGAGAGAAAGCCAAGAAAAAGAAACCUAAAUUGCUGAAUAAGUUUGAUAAAACCAUUAAAGGAGAGAUCGACGUUGCAGAAAAGCUUCGCAAGAAGGGUAAGCUGGAGGAGGCGUUGAGAGCGUUCGAGGCGCUGGUCCAGCAGCAUCCUCAGAGCCCCCGCGCUCGCUACGGGAAAGCCCAGGCGGAGGACGCCCUGGCUGACAAGCUGCGGAGCAACGACAUGCUGCAGAGAUCCAUCAACACCUACAGAGAGGCCUCGGAGCUCCCAGACGUGACCUCUGACCUGCUGAGAGCCGCGCUAAAGAGACGAGCCGAGAGACAGCAGUUCCUGGGUCGGAUGCGAGGGUCUCUGGCCACUCUGGAGAAGCUGGUUCAGAUCUUUCCGGAAGACAUCGGUCUGAAGAAUGAACUGGGCGUUGCCCAUCUGUUGCUAGGAGACAACAAGGGUGCCAAGAAGGUCUAUGAUGAGGUUCUGGCGGUUGCCCCCAGCAACGGCUUCGCUAAAGUUCACUACGGCUUCAUCCUGAAGUCUGACAACAAGAUAGCAGAGAGUAUACCAUACCUGAAGGAGGGCUUGGAGUCGGGUGAACCCGGGACGGAUGACGGGCGUUUUUAUUUCCACCUGGGUGAUGCCCUGCAGAGGAUCGGAGACAGCAGCGCCUAUCAGUGGUACGAGUUGGGUCACAAACGCGGCCAUUUUGCCUCAGUGUGGCAGAGAUCUCUGUACAACGUGGACGGACUGAAGGCUCAGCCCUGGUGGACGCCCAAAGAGACAGGAUACACCGAUCUGGUCAAGACGUUGGAGAGGAACUGGAAGACGAUCAGGGACGAGGCUCUGGCUGUGAUGGACCAGAACACGGGCUUGUUCAUACCCGAGGAGGAGAACCUGAGAGAGAAAGGAGAGUGGGGCCAGUACACACUCUGGCAACAAGGUAAAAAAGCAGGAACUGCCUGUCAGGGCGUCCCAAAGACCUGCUCACUGCUGGAGAAAUACUCUGAAGCUACAGGCUGCAAGAGAGGACAGAUUAAGUUCUCCGUGAUGCAUCCAGGAACUCAUGUGUGGCCUCACACCGGUCCCACUAACUGCAGACUGAGGAUGCACCUCGGCCUCGUCGUCCCCAAACAGGGCUGCAGGAUCCGCUGCACCGACCAGACCAGGGAAUGGGAGGAAGGUAAAGUCCUGAUCUUCGACGACUCCUUCGAGCACGAGGUCUGGCAGGACGCCGAGCGUUACCGGCUCAUCUUCAUCGUGGACGUGUGGCACCCGGAGUUAACGGCGUACCAGCGGCAGACGCUGAGCCCCAUUUAGACCGAAGGAACCACGGCAGACCCGGUAAGAACCGACAGACGGACAGACAGACAGACAGACACUUAUCGGACCAGACGCUGCUUCCCUCGGUGGAUUAACGGAGUCGGAGAAGAAUCAUGUUUUGUUUUUUGCCGUUUUGUGUGUGAGGAUGAACUAAAUGGUUGUCUGUCGAAGGAUCACACCCUUGGACCAAAGAAAUGAAAAAGUUACUACUGACGUUACAACCUUUCGCCCAAAAAAGGCAAACACAGAGUACUUGUUUUAGCCCGGAUUUAACCCUGGUUAGCCCGGAUUUAACCCGGGUUAGCCCUGUUUGGACCGGGUUAGCCCUGUUUGGACCAGGUUAGCCCUGUUUGGACCGGGUUAGCCCUGUUCAGACCUUCUCUUCUCUCCUUCCUCUCUUUCUCUCCUCUUCUCUCUUUCUCUCCCCUUCUCUCCUUCUUCCUCUUUC